AAGGUCAACGUUAAACAAUCAUGGCGUCUGGUUUUGGUGUUCAAGGAGGAACACCACGAUGCUUUCCGUUAUGGCAGGAGUUCACUAAAUGCUAUGCUGCUACCGACAAUCCCGGUCAAUGUCGAGAUCAGGCUGAUGAUUACCUCGAGUGUCUGCACCGUACGAAGGAGAUUGCACGUGCCAAAGCUAUAAAAAGUGAAUUUAUCAAGAAAGCGGAGCACCAGGCGCAAGAGGGCCGUAAGGUAGCCGACAUCCUUGCGGACGGUGUCAUCGUGGGCGUUGGACUGAUCCAACGAGGGAAGGAAGGACCAGCACACCCAUAAUAGAUCUCUCAGUUCGUGACACUUUGCUCGUUCGAUCGCGUCCAUGAAAUGUCAGAACAUUCUUAAUCGCAUCAACCACGCCUGCACCAUGCGUUCCUAAACGUACUCGUUCAGGGUGCAUGUUAAAAGUGCAACUU